AAAAAAAAACAGAAACGACGUCGUUACCUGAAUCGCUGUGAGAGAGAGAGACUGUGGUGACGGCGGAGAAAUAUGGCGGCGUUGAUGAAGUCAGUCACCGUCCGAGCUCUAAAAUUCUCAUCGGCAGCGAAUUUCAGGUCAAACCGAUGCGGCAAAACACCAAUUCUCUGUAUCAGAUCAUUCUCCACCGUUCUGUCACCACCGUCCAAGGCCAUCGUUUACGAACAGCACGGCUCUCCCGAUUCUGUCACCAGAUUGGUGAAUCUCCCGCCGGUGGAAGUGAAAGAAAAGGAUGUUUGUGUUAGAAUGAUCGCCGCGCCGAUCAAUCCCUCUGAUAUCAAUCGAAUUGAAGGUGUGUAUCCGGUGAGGCCACCGGUACCAGCGGUUGGUGGUUAUGAAGGUGUUGGUGAAGUUUAUGCAGUUGGCUCUAAGGUCAAUGGUCUUUCUCCUGGUGAUUGGGUCAUUCCAUCUCCACCAUCUUCAGGGACUUGGCAGACUUAUGUUGUGAAGGAGGAGAGUGUGUGGCACAAAAUCGAUAAAGCGUGUCCAAUGGAGUAUGCGGCGACGAUCACUGUUAAUCCAUUGACGGCUUUAAGGAUGCUUGAGGAUUUUGUGAACUUAAAUUCUGGAGACUCUGUGGUGCAGAAUGGUGCAACAAGUAUCGUGGGUCAAUGUGUCAUCCAGUUGGCAAGACUCCGUGGCAUCAGUACCAUCAACAUUAUUCGUGACAGGGCUGGUUCGGAUGAAGCAAGAGAGCAGCUGAAAGCUCUAGGUGCAGAUGAAGUGUUUUCAGAGAGUCAACUCAAUGUAAAGAACGUGAAAAGUCUUUUGGGUAACUUACCUGAACCAGCUCUGGGAUUCAACUGUGUUGGUGGCAAUGCUGCUUCUCUUGUGCUCAAAUAUCUCAGGGAAGGAGGAACCAUGGUAACAUAUGGUGGGAUGUCCAAGAAGCCAAUCACUGUGUCAACAGCAUCUUUCAUCUUUAAGGAUUUGGCCUUGAGAGGAUUCUGGCUGCAGAGUUGGUUGAGUAUGGGUAAAGUAAAAGAAUGCAGAGAGAUGAUAGACUAUCUCCUCGGGCUUGCACGAGACGGAAAGCUAAAAUACGAAACGGAAUUGGUUCCCUUCGACGAGUUCCCUGUUGCUCUCGAUAAAGCUCUCGGGAAGCUAGGUAGGCAACCUAAACAAGUCAUCACAUUCUGAAGCUUCCUUCGUGUGAGCCAUGUUAGUGUUAGCUAUUAAUGUGAUGAUGCAUGAUGUAGUACUUUAUUAUACGGUAUCUGCGUCCUCUUGUCUAAUGUAUCAGAAAACAAUGAGAAUGUAAACUUCAUUAAAACCAAAAUAAAUAAAUCGUUAUGCUUAUGUUCAGAUU